AAAAAAAAGCAGAGGCAUGGAGUCGCGUCGACAUCACCAGAGGUCCCGCAGCGCACGCGGGCCACCCACGCUGCCGCCCCUACACCAGCCCCACCCUCGCCACCACCACCACCCGCCCCCGCACCACCGCCAAAACCCUAGCCACUCCCCCGCCGCCGCCUCCUCCUUCGUCUACCGUCCGCACCAGCCCAUGGAGGAAGACGCCAUCUCGACGCUCAUGGACAUCGACGACUCGCCGCUCAGCGCCGCGGGGGCCGGAUUCCUCGACGAGGAGGACGGGGACGGGGAGAUGUUCCUGGCUCCGCACCGCGCGGGCCGCGGUGGCGGCGGUGGCGAGACCCGCGGGCCCCUCCUCUUCUCCGGGUUCUUCAACAGCUUCGACGGCGCCGACUUCGACGACGACGACCUCGCCUGAGGGAACUAACCGCCCGGUUCGGUAACGGAGGUUGUUCGUGGGUCGCGAUCCGUGUUAUGUCGAUAUCGUGAUGGGCUCUCUUAAUUAGCGUAUCGGUUCAGACUCGUUUGAGCAAUCUGAAGAUGUUUAGGGAUCAAUAUAAAUACCUUUGUGCCCUGUGGUUCGUGGAUCACUGUGCAUGUGUUCUUCCGUAUCUUUUUGGUACUUUGGCUCCAUUGGCAUGAUCUAUUGAAGUUUCCUUUGUUAUCA